CGCUUGUCCUUGAGGUCUUAUCGAUCUCGUGAACGUUUGAAUCGUGUCGGCGCAUCACAGCUCCAAGAUGGACCCUAUGGAAGAAAUCUGUUCCCCUCCUGAGGGUGCCAAACGUGAGGAGGACGAUGAUCUUCGUAUAAUGGCUGAGUUGAACAAUCCGAGAAUUUACAAGGACGUGCAAAACAUACUGAGACAAGAGCAACGUGUCAAGGUGGCUAUUACUCGUAAAAAGUCUCUUCCGUACCCAUGCAAGUGUCAUCAGUUGUGCGAAUUCGGUGAACUCUUAUUGACAAUGUACAAUGCAUUUGAGAAAUUGUACGAGGCCUAUGACGCCUUACAUUCGGACUAUUCAACCUUGUUCCGCGCUUCGGCUUUCCGAGUUGACGGCACCACUAUCACAUUAUAUGAGGACGCACGUUCGUUUGCUGCAGGAGGCGCGACGCCAGCACCACCCGAAGUGAAUAUUGAGGACUUGUCUAUUGACGUUAAUCUUCGCGAGGAGCGCCAGAAGGCAUUGGCUGACGAAGAUAUAUGGCGUAAGACUUAUGAACUUCACAUGGAAUGUGUACGUUUGUGCAUGUUGAAAGUGGCCAAGCCUGAACAAGACCGGUUCAUGGAUUGGGUCAAUUCCCACAUUUGGGCCGUAACCAAAUGCAUUUGUUAUCACUGCGAUUACCGAGACGCACUGCUCUCUUACCGGCACGCAAUACUCACGCUACACAUGGAAUACUUAUCUUUGUAUUGCCAGUAUUUGGCUUUGUUGUAUUGUCAACGAGUACAAGAUUCAAGGCCGACAGCAAAAACACUUAUUGUACGAGGGAUGAAUCCGUAUAUCAUGGAUACCAUGUUUUCCAGUUGA